CUAACAAUAAAAACAAAAUAGUCUGAUUUUUUAUUUUUAUUGAUUAAUUUAUUUAUGUUUAUCUCUGUUUCUGUAAAGCACUUCAAGUUGCACAAGUAUGAGAAGCGCUUUUUUAUAUAUAAAGUUAGACUGAUUGAAAAUGUCCUAUGUUAAAAUACAAUAAUAAUAAUAUCCUAAUAAUAAUAAUCACACAUACAUAAAUGCAAAAAAAAAUCCUUCCACAAGCCCAAAAAACUCGAAAAUAUUUCCACUCAGCUCCAAGGUCUGAUUAGAAUUUCACAGAAUAAAUAAGUAUCCUCCAUCCUUCAUUUACAGUCAGCGUUGAAAAGAUGACGUUCUCUGUGACGUAAGCUCCCUCUGAUUGGCUGUGACGCUUCACAAAGAAAACCGCAGGCGUGUUUCCUCCUUCACUUCUACUUCAUCUGCGCCCAACAAGACCGUUUAUGAUCGGUGAAAGGAAGCAGACAUGAUUGGGAUUACAAAGAAAGGAAGCACCCUGCCAAAGGCUGCCUUACUGCUGCUAACUGUCUUGUCCAUAGUUUACGUUAUUACAAUUGGAGAGACCACAACCAAUACUCUUCCAAAACCUGAAGUCACCGACAACUCUCAGACGAGGACGCUUCAACAAACCACCACCCAAAGCCUUCCCGUAAAAAAAUGUGAAAAAAACGCAUCUGUUACCUCUCUGCCGGGUUUUGACGCUCUUCCUGAAAUCUAUAAAACUUUUCUCUACUAUCGCCACUGUCGCUAUUUCCCCAUGCUGCUGGACAAUCCUGACAAAUGUGGCAAAAUCAGCGGGGAGAAAGAGCCAUUUCUUUUGCUGGUCAUUAAAAGCUCGCCACAGAACUACGAGCGGAGAGAAGUGCUGCGUAAAACUUGGGCGCAAGAGAGGAUGUACAAGGGAGCAUGGAUUCGAAGGGUCUUUAUCUCUGGAACUUCAGGAGCUGGCGUUGAGAAACACAACCUUAACAAGUUGCUGAAAUUGGAAAAUGAAGACCACCACGACAUUCUCCAGUGGGACUUUGCUGACUCGUUUUACAACCUGACGCUAAAGCAGACCCUCUUGCUGGGAUGGUUGGAAGAACAAUGCCCAAGUGCUCGCUUUCUUUUUAACGGUGAUGACGAUGUUUUUGCAAACACAGACAACAUGGUCGAGUAUCUACAAAGCAUCAAUAACAGCUAUGGACAAAAGCAUCUUUUUACUGGCCAUUUGCUCACAACUGAGAAGCCCGUUAGAUGGACUGGGAGCAAGUAUUUUGUUCCACUUCUGAUACAAGCGACCAACAAGUAUGAACCUUACUGUGGAGGCGGAGGCUUCCUACUAUCCGCCUACACAGCAUCCGUCAUUUACAAAACAUCUCAGGAAAUACCCCUUCACCCAAUCGACGAUGCUUACAUGGGAAUGUGUUUGUUCAAAGUAGGUCUUAAACCUUCGUCUCAUCUCGGAGUGAAAACUUUGGGAAUACAGUUGCCCAUGAAUACACCCGAUAACAGUGGACCUUGCUACAUGAAAGAGCUACUUCUUCUACACAGAUUUCUUCCUUCUCAAAUGUAUGUAAUGUGGAAGGAAGUAAAUGACCCAAACCUGAUCUGCUCUACGACCAACAAGCUGAGCAAAGACUAACAAACUCAGAAAGUAUGUUUAUAAAAAUGGGGCUUGGGAACCUAUCUUGUUCAGUUGAUGUUGGGCUGGAACAAAACUUUCUUUGUACUAAGUAGUAUAAAGGGUAGACAAGGAACUAUUGAAUAUUCUAUUACUUCCAAAGUGGAAAAGCUCUCAACAUCCAUUGGAACUAUUGAAAAACGGCUGUGAGGACCAUCCCCAGGAGGUUGUAGGUGCACUAAUACUGGACAAUGGUGGAACUAUUAUUUGAAGAAUGAUGCCUUGCUUAUCUUUGUUAGUCAAAUUGAUGACUCUAAAGCUAUAGCAUUCAUCAUAACAUCGCCCAUUCUAUUUGCACUGUGCAAACUGUGAAUUAUUUUUGAAGGAAAAUCACAAAAACUUUGACUCAGUGAAGCUAAUUCAAAUCUAAGGCCAAAUCGGAAUUUCUCCCCUACCCCUAUGGUUUCUCCCUACCUGUCUAAUUGUAGGGGCAUUUGAAUGUAAAGUUGUCUGAAGCAGUUUCUUUAAGGGCUGAAGGAAGCCUAGCCCUCUGCCGCAAGGGUGUUUGAGGAGAAGCGCUUUUCUUCACAUGGGUGUGCUCUGGAGCUCAGAAGUUUACAUUUAAAUGUAAGUAAUUGCUUUUUGUUUAAAGUUAUAAAACCAAUGUUAUGUGUUACGGAGGGCUAGCAGUUACGCGGUAAUGUCGCUGACUGGCAACUUUUGAUGACAUCAUCGAGUGGGAGUAACGUCAGCAUUUGAAGACACUAUGGCUAUGUCCGAAUUCCCUCCCUAAUCCCUAACUACUUAAAAACUAUAUAGCGCGGGACUAUACGGUUUCCCAGGUUUUAAAAGCAAUUCGGACUCCAUGCGAGCUCACUACUUUUCUUUUGUUUUUCCAAACACCGAAAAUGAUGUCACCAAUUCCACAAAGUGUAAAUUGAAUCAAUACGAACAUUUCACAUCGUUUCUUGUCACAACAUUGUGUUAUGAUGAUGAAAAUGUGGAUGGUUUAUAAAAAAAUUUACAUUUAAACAAGUUUUUUUUUCACAAAAAGUGUUUGACUACAAUGCAUUGUGGUCUAUAUUUGCUAAUCUAGUGAGCAUCGAUGCACG